UGGAAGAUAAUCGCGCCCCGCCCCCUCCGCCUCGUGCCAGGUUGCGCGCGCCCCGGUGCCUACAUGAGUGCCGCUGAGCAAAGUCUGUGUUGACACGCCGAGGCGCGAGCAACGCGUUACCAGUGGGAACAAGCGGGAAGAGCAUAGGCGGUCUACCGAGGGGCGCACUGGUACACCGGCGAUGGAGAAGCCUGAGUCAAGCGAGCGGUUGAAAGUUCUGCAGAGAGGAGCCUGGACACAAGCUGCCCCCUGCAAGGAGGAGAAAUACUACAGGAAAGUCAGUGAUUCUAUUGGGAACAGUUACAGUCCCUCUGCCAAAGAGUUGUCCACCUCCUUUAUCUACAAGCUUCUCAGCUCCAAUGACAUCCAGGAACCGACUGGCAAACAGGCAAGGAAUGUGCAAGUGUGCCAUGGUGCAGAGAAGGCACAGGAGAAAGUAGAAGCAAAGCAGUCUAUUAAUGAUGGAAGUGUCCAGAAACUGAGAGCCUUGGCGAUGGCAAUAAGCGAUGCAGCCACUCAAGGCAGUACUUCCCCUCCUCCAGGGCCAGACCGCUUCCCCAGGCUGCCUCACGUGUCUGUCUGUGUAGAUGAGCUGCCAAACGCCAGCCUUUUGCCUGGCCCCCACAGAUCAAGAGAGACAGCAGCUGGAAGCAGUAGACCUUCUAUCCACCUACAGAGCCUCCGAGGAUCUCAGGAGCAGAGCAACUUGAAAGACUGGGGAUGUCCCCUGAAAAUCAGGGGGAGAGAUAAUAGGGAUUCUGGAGACCUGGGGAUGCCCAGUCAAAAUUUCCACCUGAGCGACUCCCAAGUCCAAGGGGCAGUUUUCUUUCCCAUGACAGACUCUAAGGAAGACUAUACAACACAUGACAAGGCAACAAAAGGUGUGUUGGCCAUCUCCUUCCCUCCUUACACUUAUUCCACCCAUGGGCUGUCACGACCCACCACACCCUGCCAGGAGCAUCUGCCUAGGUACCAUGCCCUAAUUGCGCAUGCCUUCCAGCUCUCUGAGGUACUGCCCUUUGAAGAAGGACAGCUAAUAGCCAUAUUGUCUAAAAUCCCAACUAGUCUACUCAGUCAAUGGACAACAACCCUGCAGGGAUUGACUGAGGAGGUGCAGAGUGUAUACAGAGAAGCUCUAAAGAAAGCCAUUCUAGACUAUGUCCUGCUUGAACCUGCAGAACAAGCAAGGCUUGGGGUUCAUCUACCACCUAAGGUCUCCCAUAGUGCUGGUAGGCUUGGCUUUCCAUGGCAUGAACGAGUAAAACGUGCCUACAGCAAACUCUUGGAGACUCUUUAUAUCACACACCCGGUCAUGGGAAGAUUACUUCAUCUCUUCCGGAGCAAAUACCAAACAUUCCGGCUCCUAGACCUGGAUGAAUUUUCAGGAAAGCUGCCACUGUCUCUUGACCAAGUGGUAAACCUUAUGCUUAGCAUGGUCUCCUACAAGGCCAAAUUGCUGCAGGACACUUGGCUGCAAGAAUGUGCCCAGAUUGUAGAGAUAAGUCGGGACAGCAUUGAGGCUUGGAUGCCUCAGGACAAUGAGACUCAGAGGAUGAGGAGAAUGAACCAUUUCUUCAGAUGUGUAGCAACACUUAUGUCUUCACUGCUUCGUGAACUAGUUACAAACUCCUUGUUGGAGCUAGUUGAGUGGCUGGAACAAUACCACCUGGGCAACAACUACGAUGGUGUCUACCCUCAUGAAACUCUGGGGCUUCCAGUGCGACCUCACUUUAUUAUCAUCUUUCUGGAGCCACUUGGGAAACAAACAGAUUUAAACAUCACACCAUGUCUGGAUGAUAUUGAACGUAGCCUUGAUGUUGUGGUCAGCCACCUGGUCUGCAGUGUGCAAAAAUAUAAAUGUGUUGAGCACCAGCUAUUUCAGGCUGUUGAAAAACUGGAAAUCAGAUACAUCCCUUCUAUGCAGACAGAUGAAGAUAUGGUUUUGUCUGUCAGAGGCAGAAUUCGGGCAGUGUUAAAGAGCAAUGACCAAGGACCAAGAAGGUACCUCUUUGUUUAUGCACCAUACUUGCCCCUGCUAUCUGUGGCUUCCAUUGCAAAGAUGGAAGAAUUUGUGAACAAGGAUCCAAGCCUGCAAAGUUGCAACCGUGAGUUGGAGCGGCUCAAGAGGAUGACUAAUGAGUUGAUGUUCCUACCUGCCCAUGUACCCAUGGAGCUGCUGCUGCUUGACUGCACCCAAACCAAUCAGUGGUUGCUAGACCGCACUCAACAUCUGACCAGAAUCAUCAUAAACAAAGUGGUGUCAGACUCAGAGAAGAUAAACCGCAGCAUUUGCCAUCAGUAUGAUGAAAUCAUGAGAAAGAUGACCGGACCUAUCGGCUCCACUGAGGAACUGGUACAACUGCAGACCUAUGUUGAUGAGCUGUGGAGUGGAGACCUGCUCCAGAUCAAGAAACAACUGGAACUUGCUGCCACUAACCUUCUGUUCCUAAUGGAUUGCACACAUCUGUCAAAGGAGGACAUGAUUCUGAAUGGCAACACAUUUUCUUGGCCAGAUCGCAUAGUUCCUCUCAUGAAAAACAGUAAAACUCGCCUACAGAGAGAGCAUGAUAAAGCAGUGCAAAGGCUUCACCAGAGACAAAGAGAGUUCUCACAGCGAAUGGCAGAAGUAGCAAAAUUGGUGAAAGGAUUCCAGCGGCGUGACCGUAUGUCAGAAGCACAGCAGUAUGUUGAGCAGCUGCAAAGGAUUAACGGCACUAUCCAGGGCUUCAUUGAAGAGAAAAAGCAAAUAAAUCAGGAAGAGGUUCUGCUGGACACUGGUCAAGUUGGUUCUUACCCUGAGAUUCAGGAACUGCUCAAAGCCAAGGAACCCUAUGACCAGCUAUGGGUAGCAGCGCUCAGCUUCAACCAAAAAUAUGAAGAGUGGCUGAAUGGACCCCUGUUGCAAAUCAAAGCCGAAGAGGUCAAUGAGCAGGUACAAAGUUUGUGGAAGAGCUGCUAUAAGCUGACUAAAGAAUUAUACCACCCAGAGCUGCACGGACCUCUAAAGGUCGCAACUGCUAUCAAAACAAAGCUGGAAAAGUUCCGGAUUAAUAUGCCGCUCAUCAACGCCUUGUGUUGUCCUGGAAUCAAACAUCGACACUGGAAGCUAAUGAGCCAAAAGGUAGGCAUUGAUAUUUUGCCUGAAAAGAGCACAUCACUAAAGGACAUUCUGCCCCUUGGCCUCGAGAAACACCUGGAGGAGUUGGCCCUAGUGAGUGUGCAGGCCUCUAAGGAGUAUGCUCUGGAGCAAGCGCUGCUUCAGAUGGAACAGGACUGGAAACACGUGCACUUUAACUUUGUGACUUACCAGGACAGAGGUGUCAGCGUAUUGGCAGCUGUUGAUGACAUUCAGCUUCUGCUUGAUGAUCACAUUGUGAAGACCACCACCAUGAAGGGAUCUGCAUUUAUCACACCUUUUGAGGAGCAGAUUCUCUCCUGGGAGGCCAGGCUGAAACUUAUGCAGGAUGUCCUGGAUGUAUGGCUUCGUGUUCAAAUGGGCUGGCUUUACCUGGAACCGAUAUUUAGCUCUGAAGAUAUACGUAACCAAAUACCAAUUGAAGGAAAGCUAUUUGAGGCUGUAGAUUUCAUUUGGAGGCAAAUCAUGAAGGAUUCAGAGGAAGUUGCUGUGGCAAUGCAGGUUAUUUCCCAGUUUCCAAUUCUUGAGAGUCUGAAAGAAGCUGAGGCAAUGCUAGAUAACAUUCAGAGAGGCCUUAAUGACUACUUAGAGAUGAAGCGUCUCUCUUUUCCAAGGUUCUUCUUCCUAUCCAAUGAUGAGCUGCUAGAGAUCCUGUCAGAGACACGAGAUCCCCUACGGGUCCAGCCCCACCUAAAAAAGUGCUUUGAAGGAAUUGCCCGGCUAACAUUUAGUGGAGGCAGUGAAGUCACUCAUAUUGAAUCUGCAGAAGGGGAGCGCGUUGAACUAGUGCACAGGAUUGUCCCCGCACAAGCUAAUGGUCUUGUGGAGCGCUGGCUUCUACAGGUUGAGAAGCUAAUGAAGGAGUCACUCCAGCUAGUGAUGAUGAAGUCCAUUACUGCUUACCCAGAAACUCUACGCCAACACUGGGUGUUGCAAUGGCCGGGUCAGGUUGUACUUGCCACAAGUGCUAUUUACUGGACCAUGGAAGUGUCACAGGCCAUAGCUUUGGAAAGUGGCUUACACUGCUACCUAGAGAAAAUCACCAAGCAGAUGGACGAUAUUGUCAUGCUUGUACGUGGCAAGUUAACCAAGAUGGAGCGCCUAACCCUCAGUGCGCUAAUUACCAUUGAUGUACAUGCUCGAGAUGUGGUUGUACAGCUAGAUGAACUGCAGGUCUGCAAUAUUUCAGACUUCCACUGGGUGGCACAAUUAAGAUAUUACUGGGAGGAGGAAAGAGCACUGGUGAGGAUGGUCACUAUGGCACUGACCUAUGGUUAUGAGUACCUGGGAAACACAGGACGUCUGGUCAUUACACCCCUCACUGACCGCUGCUACAGGACACUGAUGGGUGCUCUGCAAUUGAACCUUGGUGGGGCUCCUGAAGGACCUGCAGGCACAGGAAAAACUGAGACAUGUAAGGAUCUGGCGAAAGCUGUUGCUAAACAGUGUGUUGUUUUCAAUUGCUCUGAUGGACUUGACUACAAGGCUAUGGGUAAAUUCUUUAAAGGCCUGGCACAAUCAGGAGCCUGGGCUUGCUUUGAUGAGUUCAACCGAAUUGAGCUUGAGGUACUGUCUGUGGUGGCACAGCAAAUCCAGACCAUUCAGAGGGCAGUUUCACAGAGAGCAGAAACAUUUGUUUUCGAAGGCACGCAGAUCUCUCUUGACCCAUCAUGCUCUGUAUUCAUCACUAUGAACCCUGGAUAUGCAGGGAGAGCCAAGCUACCAGACAACCUCAAAGUGCUGUUCCGCACAGUAGCCAUGAUGGUGCCUGACUAUGCACUGAUAGCUGAGAUCACUCUCUAUGCUAUGGGAUUUGUGGAUGCUCGUAACCUAGCUACAAAAAUAGUGGCUACAUACAGACUUUGUUCUGAACAGCUGUCCUCACAGCAUCAUUAUGACUAUGGAAUGAGGGCUGUCAAAUCUGUACUAACUGCUGCUGGGAACCUGAAGGUCAGCAUGCCUGAUGUGCAAGAGGAUAGACUCAUGCUUAGGUCUAUCAUGGAUGUCAAUUUACCCAAGUUCCUGUCUCAGGACUUACUACUGUUCCAAAGCAUCAUUUCAGACCUGUUUCCUGGGGUGCAACUUCCCAAAGCAGACCACUCAGUCAUGGAGACUGCCGUAGUUGAAAUCUGUCAGCAAUGGCAUCUGCAGCCAGUGCCUUGGUUCAUCAACAAAGUUAUCCAGAUCUAUGAGAUGAUGCUCGUCCGUCAUGGCUUCAUGUUGGUUGGAGGACCCUUGGGAGGGAAGAGUACAGCUUUGCAGGUGCUGGCCCGAGUGCUAGGGCUACUAGAAAGCCGUGCGCUGAUGGAGGAAAAACACGUAGACAGUGUCACCAUAAACCCCAAGUCUCUCAGCAUGGGACAGCUUUAUGGCAGUUUUGAUCCGGUUUCUCAUGAGUGGACUGAUGGAGUCUUGGCAACUGUUUUCCGUGAGCAUGCCAGCAGCUGGACUGCAGAAAGGAAAUGGGUUGUGUUUGACGGCCCAGUCGAUGCUGUUUGGGUGGAGAAUUUGAAUACUGUCCUUGAUGACAACAAGAAGCUUUGUCUUAUGAGUGGAGAGAUCAUUCAGAUGAGCCCCCAGCAAAAUAUUAUCUUUGAAGUGCUGGAUCUUGAGCAAGCCUCACCAGCUACUGUCAGCAGGUGUGGAAUGAUUUACAUGGAGCCUAUGGAUCUAGGCUGGGAACCACUAUUUCACUGUUGGAUGGAAACAAAGCUUCCAGAUUUUAUCACUUCUGAACAGAAGCAGCUGCUGAAGUUGUUGUGUGAAUGGCUCCUACCUCCUUGCUUGGCUUUCGUACAGAAGAACUGUCAUACUGUGGUGCCCUCGUCUAUGUUGCAUCUUGCUGUGACAAUGAUGCAGCUCUAUGAAUGCCUUCUGGCUGAUCUCAGCUCCUUGGAUUUAGAAGUAAAAAAGGAAGACAACAACUGCGACAAAAACUUUCAAAGAGCCCAAGGAAGAGAGACAGAUGUCUCAACCAGCAUGAUUGUGGCCUUUGGGUUCUUCUCUGUUGUUUGGUCGAUUGGUGGAUUUUUGGAUUUCCAUUCAAAGCAGUGUUUUGCCGAAUUCUUCAAAACAUUGUGCGAUCCGGAGUCCACUUUCCCGAGGCCCAAAGAUCUUAAGUUCCCUCGUGCACUACAUAUACCGAAGCGGGAAGACAUCUACAGUUACGUGUUCCUAAAACGAAACUUUCCAGCCUGGCACCUGUGGAAGGAUCUAAUUCUCCCAAGCGCCAUUGAAGACAAUGUGAAGCUUAGUGACUACAUUGUCUCUACUGAGGAAGCUCUGGUGCAAAAGUAUUUUUUGGAGAAACUUCUUCUGCGGGGCAAGCCGUUGAUGUUUGUCGGACCCACAGGCACUGGUAAAUCAGCCAUUACCAUCAGUUUUCUACAGCAUCUCCCAGCUGACCAGUAUGUAAUAGGACAGGUCAACUUCUCAGCAUUGACCACAGCGAGCUAUGCACAGGAUGCUAUCGUGGAAAAGCUUGAAAGGAAAAGGAGAGGACUGUAUGGCGCUCCAUCUGGUAAACGUGUGCUUCUGUUUGUCGAUGACCUCAAUAUGCCCACUAAAGAACGCUAUGGAGCUCAGCCCCCUAUUGAACUCUUAAGGCAGCUGAUAGAGUGUGGCACUUUCUGGGACAGGAAAGAUAACAGCUCACUGAGCAUCAAAGACAUGUCCAUUGUUGCUGCAAUAGCUCCUAGUAGUGGUGGAAGGCAAGAAAUAACUCCUCGGCUGCUGCGUCAUUUCAAUAUCAUUUCCAUAAAUACGUUCAGUGAGCAAACAAUGAAGACCAUCUUUCAACCACUGAUGGACUGGCACUUCAGUCAGGGGUUUGAGAACUCCUUAAAGCGAUUCUCCAAGAUUUUAGUGUGGGCCACUACUGAACUCUACACUCAAGUGACACGAGCCUUCCUACCAACACCUUCCAAGUCACACUAUACCUUUAACUUCAGGGACUUCUCCCGGAUAAUACAGGGACUUCUGCUUCUCAAAGCAGAUGUGAUACCAGCUGGAACAGAAGGUGCUCGCAAGUUGAUGAGACUGUGGAUCCAUGAAACUCAUCGUGUCUUUUGUGAUCGAUUGGUGGAUGACAAGGACCGACAACUUUUCUUUCGCAUUGUCAAGGGUGUUGUACAGGCCCAAUUCAAAGAGAAGAUGUCUACUUUGUUUAGUCACAUGGUGAUUGGUAGGGAGGUCCAGCCACAGGACUUGAGGUGCCUUUUUUUUGGUGACUACUUGACUCCCCGCAGUGAAAAUAAGACUCGCCGCUUCUAUAAUGAAAUUCUGGACACUGCACAGCUUAAGCUGAACAUGGAACACUAUUUGGAAGAACUGAACAAAUUAAGCAAGACUCCCAUGGACCUUGUUAUGUUUCAGUUUGCCAUUGAGCAUGUUUCUCGACUUUGCAGAAUCUUCAAGCAACCAUGGAGUCACGCACUGCUGAUUGGCAUUGGUGGUAGCGGGCGGCAGUCAUCCACAAGACUGGCCGCUUUUGUGUCUGAAAUGGAGCUGUUUCAAAUCACCAUUCAGAAGUCAUACUGCAUCUCAGAGUGGAGAGAGGACAUUCGGCGUGUCCUGAGGAAGGCUGGACUGAGUGGCACACCUUCUGUGUUCUUUUUUGCCGACCACCAAAUUAAGGAGGAGUCCUUUCUAGAAGACAUUAGCAGUCUUCUGAACACUGGAGAUAUCCCAGGUCUAUUUGACAGUGAAGAGCAAACGGAUCUUAUUGAAAAGAUGCGACAGCUGAUCCCAGCUGAUGUACGUGAUGAUGCAUUGACCCCAACCAAGCUUUACAAAGACUUCUUGCAGCGUGUUCGCAGUAAUCUUCACAUUGUCCUGGCCUUCAGUCCCAUCGGAGAGGCAUUCCACAACCACCUACGACAAUUUCCCACUUUAGUCAACUGCUGUACAAUUGACUGUUUUCAGGCCUGGCCAGAAGAUGCCCUGGAGAAGGUAGCUUGCUAUUUCCUGGAUGAUGUUGAUAUGUCCCAAGGUAUCCGCAAAGGAGCUGUCUUUCUGUGUCGACACCUCCACCAGAGUGUCAUGGUUCUAUCCCAGAGGUUCUUUGAGUCCCUCCAGAGGAGAAUUUAUGUAACCCCCACCUCCUACCUUGAGUUAAUCAAGACUUUCAAGAGACUUCUGGAAAGCAAGCGUUUGGAACUUCUGACAAACAGGAACCGAUACCUAACUGGACUGGAAAAGCUGGACUUUGCCUCAUCUCAGAUUGCAUUAAUGCAGCAACAGUUGCGUGAGCUGGAGCCUCUCCUAAUGGAGCGCAGCAAGGAAACUGUGGAGUUGCUAGCUAUCAUUGCACAAGAUACACUAGAGGUGGAAACGGUAAAAAAGGAGGUGGAAGAGGAAGAGGCCAUUGCCAACAAGGCAGCUCAAGAAGCACAAGCCAUCAAGGAUGAGUGUGAACAGAACCUGAGCAUUGCCAUGCCUGCACUUAAUGCUGCUAUCGCUUCCCUAGACACAUUGAAGGCGAGUGACAUCACUCUUAUUAAAACAAUGCAGAAUCCUCCAUCAGGAGUACGUCUCACACUUGCAGCAAUUUGCAUCCUCAAGGGAAUUAAACCAGAAAAGAGAAGUGACUCCAAUGGGAGAAACAUUGAUGACUACUGGCCAUCUGCCAAAAAGAUGUUGGGAGACAUGAAGUUUCUGGAGUCUCUAAAAGAGUAUGACAAAGACAACAUCCCAUUUAAGGUGAUUGCUCAGAUCCGCCGUGAUUUCAUCAGCAACCCCGACUUUGAGCCAGCUGUCAUCAAAAAUGUAUCAUCAGCUUGUGAAGGCCUAUGCAGCUGGGUGAGAGCCAUAGAAGUCUAUGACAAAGUGGCCAAGAUUGUAGCCCCCAAGCGCCAGCGCUUGGAAGCUGCAGAAGCUGAGCUAAAGGUGCAAAAGGAGAAACUGAGUGUGACACAAAGUGAACUUAGUGAAGUGAGCACUAAGCUGUUUAAGCUGCAGCAGCAUCUUUCCCAAAAACUUGAAGAGAAACAAAGCCUGGAGAAGAGCAUGGAGCAGACUAAGCUUAAACUAGACAGAGCUGAAAAGCUGAUGAGUGGAUUGGGUGGCGAGAGAGAGCGCUGGAUGCAAAUUUCUCAACAGCUUGAUGACACCUAUCAGAAUAUUGUUGGAGACAUGCUGCUGAGUGCUGGUGUAGUGGCUUACCUGGGUCCCUUCACACCACAGUUCAGACAGGAGGUCUUGAAAGACUGGCAAGAUAUGUGCAAGAGGAAAGAAAUCCCUGUGUCUCCCACCUUCUCCCUAUCUACCACCCUUGGGGAUGCAGUCACCAUUAUCGAAUGGCAAGUGCAUGGACUUCCCCGAGACAUGUUCUCAGUUGAGAAUGCAAUCAUCAUAACUUCAGCCCAGCGGUGGCCACUCAUGAUUGAUCCACAGGGUCAGGCAAACAAAUGGAUAAAAAGCAUGGAGAAAGUCAACAAGUUACAUGUCUGCAAAGCCACAGACCAUGACUACCUGCGUGUUUUGAGCAACUGCAUACAGUUUGGGACUCCUAUGCUGCUAGAGAACCUUUCUGAAGAGCUGGAUCCUCUCCUGGAGCCUUUACUGUUAAGACAAACCUUCAGGCAUAAUGGGAUGGAGUUUCUAAGGCUGGGUGAGGUCACUGUUCAGUACAGCCAGGAUUUUCGUUUUUAUCUCACUACUCAGCUGAGGAACCCUCACUACCUGCCUGAAGUCUCACUCAAGGUCAAUCUUUUGAAUUUUAUGAUUACACCAACUGGCCUAGAGGAUCAACUUUUAAGCAUAUUGACAGCUAAAGAGAAACCAGAGCUGGAAAACACUAAAAGGCAACUGUAUAGGGAAGAGGCACAGAACAGGAAGCAGCUGAAGGAAGUCGAGAACCAGAUACUGGAAGUUCUGUCUCUUUCACAAGGAAAUAUCUUGGAAGAUGAGCAUGCAAUUCACAUCCUAUCCUCCAGCAGGAAGCUGUCACAGGAGAUCCUGGAGAAGCAGCAAAUUACCAUGGCAACAGAGCAGAAGAUUGAUGAGACACGAGAUGGAUACCGACCAGUUGCCAACCAGUCCAGUGUACUUUUCUUUGUGAUUUCUAACCUAGCAAAUAUCGACCCAAUGUACCAGUACUCUUUGGCCUGGUUCCUCAACUUGUACGUCAAAUCAAUUUCAGAGAGUGAAAGUUCCGUCUUGCUGUAUGAAAGGAUUGACAACCUCAACAAGCACUUCACAUACAGCAUCUACCAGAAUAUAUGCCGGUCACUCUUUGAGAAGCACAAGCUGCUUUUCUUAUUCCUGCUCUGUGUAGGUCUGCAAAGUAACAGGGGCCAGGUGGAUGAAACUGAGUGGCGCUUUUUGUUAACUGGUGGGGUAGCUUUGGAGAACCCAUACAAGAACCCAGCACCUGACUGGCUUAAAAACCAAUCAUGGACUGAACUGAUGCAACUGUCCACCUUACCAGCCUUCAACUGGAUCAGGGAAAACUUCACCAAUAAUGUCUCAUGGUGGAAAAAUGUUUAUGAUUCUGCACACCCCAAUGAGAUGACACUUCCAGAGCCCUGGGAUGACCUCCUCAGUGGUUUUCAGAAACUGCUUAUCUUACGCUGCAUACGACCAGACAAGAUAAUCCCUGCUGUGCAACAUUUCAUUAUUGACAACAUGGGCCCAUCCUACGUUGAGCCCCCAACUUUUGACCUCCAGCGCAGUUAUAUGGAUUCCACCUGUUCCACUCCCCUCGUAUUCAUACUGUCACCUGGUGCUGAUCCCAUGGCUGUUCUUGUCAAGUUUGCUGAGGAAAAAGGGAUGGGAGGAGCUCAUCUGCAGACAGUCUCUCUUGGACAGGGCCAGGGCCCUAUUGCACGUAACAUGAUCAAGAAGGCUGCAGCAGAGGGGACUUGGGUCAUUCUGCAGAAUUGCCAUUUGGCACCAAGUUGGCUCCCAGAAUUGGAGCAGAUUUGUGAGGAGCUCUUAUCAGAUCAAGACUUGGUCAAACCAGGGUUCAGGUUGUGGCUGACUAGCUACCCCUCCUCAGAUUUUCCCAUUUCCAUCCUUCAGAAUGGCAUCAAGAUGACCAAUGAGCCACCCAAAGGCCUGCGUGCCAACUUACUACGCUCUUAUCUAAGCAACCCGAUCUCUGAUCCCACCUUCUAUGAGGGGUGCAAUAAGAAAGAGGAGUGGGAGAAGCUUCUUUUUAGUCUAUGUCUUUUCCAUGGCUUGGUUCAGGAGCGCCGUAUGUUUGGACCUCUUGGCUGGAAUAUCCCUUAUGAAUUCAAUGAGUCAGACCUUCACAUUAGUGCCCGGCAGGUGCAGAUGUUUUUGAACACAUAUAGUGAGGUUCCUCUGGAUGCCCUGUCUUACCUCAUUGGUGAAUGCAACUAUGGCGGCCGUGUGACAGAUAGCUUUGACCGCCGUCUACUCCUCAGCUUGUUGGAUACCUGCUACUGUUUAGAAAUGUUGACCAAUAUGGACUACUCCUUCUCAUCCAGUGGGGUGUACCGUCUUCCAGCCAAGAGUGGCUUCAGCAACUACUUGGAGCAUAUCAAGAGCCUCCCCAUGAGCGCCGAGCCAGAGGUGUUUGGACUGCAUGAAAAUGCCAGCAUCACACGGGAGUACAACGAGACCCAGGAAUUGUUUAAUGGAAUCCUGGCAACUCUGCCCAAACAGGUCACUGGGGCAAGAAAGUCCUCCACUGAAAUUGUCCAGGAGCUGACUACUGAUAUUUUGUCUAAGAUGCCGCCAGAUUUCAUCAUCGAGGAUGUCAUGAAGCGAUUCCCAAUCACCUAUGCAGAGUCCAUGAACACAGUUCUUAUUCAGGAGCUCCUACGCUUCAACCAGCUGACUAGUACCAUUCGUGGCAGUCUGCAGGACCUGAGCAGAGCUCUUCAAGGUCAGGCUCUCAUGUCAGGAGAGCUAGAAGACAUCUUUAACAGUAUCAUCGUGGGCAAGGUCCCUGCCAUGUGGUCUUCCAAGUCAUAUCCUUCAUUGAAGCCCCUGGGAAGCUACAUAAGUGACCUUCUCCUGCGCCUGCACUUCUUUAAGAGCUGGACAGAUGAUGGAGCUCCUACUGUCUUUUGGAUCUCUGGCUUCUAUUUCACCCAAUGCUUCCUGACAGGGGUACUCCAGAACCACGCCCGGAAGUCUCAAGUUCCAAUUGAUCAACUGGAUUUCCAGUUUCACAUGACAGAAUAUCUUAAUGAGCAGCCUCCAUCAAUUAUGACGCAGGAGUGUGGAGUCCACAUAAAUGGAUUAUUCAUCGAGGGGGCAAGCUGGGACACAAAAAAGCGGACAUUGAAGGAAGUUCAGCCCACAGUGCUAUAUGAGAGCCUGCCCAUUAUUGUGCUGCAGCCACAACAGAAGUCAACAGGCACUGAUGGAGGGACCUACACUUGCCCAGUGUACAACACCAGCAUUCGGCGUGGAGAACUGUCCACGACUGGUCACUCCACCAACUACAUUAUGACCAUUGAAUUACCCUCAGAAAGGCCACAGAAACACUGGAUCAACCGGGGGGUUGCCUGCCUUUGCCAGCUGGACUAUUAA